CCAAACCCAAACCCAAACCCAAACCCAAACCCAAACCCAAACCCAAACCCAAACCCAAACCCAAACCCAAACCCAAACCCAAACCCAAACCCAAACCCAAACCCAAACCCAAACCCAAACCCAAACCCAAACCCAAACCCAAACCCAAACCCAAACCCAAACCCAAACCCAAACCCAAACCCAAACCCAAACCCAAACCCAAACCCAAACCCAAACCCAAACCCAAACCCAAACCCAAACCCAAACCCAAACCCAAACCCAAACCCAAACCCAAACCCAAACCCAAACCCAAACCCAAACCCAAACCCAAACCCAAACCCAAACCCAAACCCAAACCCAAACCCAAACCCAAACCCAAACCCAAACCCAAACCCAAACCCAAACCCAAACCCAAACCCAAACCCAAACCCAAACCCAAACCCAAACCCAAACCCAAACCCAAACCCAAACCCAAACCCAAACCCAAACCCAAACCCAAACCCAAACCCAAACCCAAACCCAAACCCAAACCCAAACCCAAACCCAAACCCAAACCCAAACCCAAACCCAAACCCAAACCCAAACCCAAACCCAAACCCAAACCCAAACCCAAACCCAAACCCAAACCCAAACCCAAACCCAAACCCAAACCCAAACCCAAACCCAAACCCAAACCCAAACCCAAACCCAAACCCAAACCCAAACCCAAACCCAAACCCAAACCCAAACCCAAACCCAAACCCAAACCCAAACCCAAACCCAAACCCAAACCCAAACCCAAACCCAAACCCAAACCCAAACCCAAACCCAAACCCAAACCCAAACCCAAACCCAAACCCAAACCCAAACCCAAACCCAAACCCAAACCCAAACCCAAACCCAAACCCAAACCCAAACCCAAACCCAAACCCAAACCCAAACCCAAACCCAAACCCAAACCCAAACCCAAACCCAAACCCAAACCCAAACCCAAACCCAAACCCAAACCCAAACCCAAACCCAAACCCAAACCCAAACCCAAACCCAAACCCAAACCCAAACCCAAACCCAAACCCAAACCCAAACCCAAACCCAAACCCAAACCCAAACCCAAACCCAAACCCAAACCCAAACCCAAACCCAAACCCAAACCCAAACCCAAACCCAAACCCAAACCCAAACCCAAACCCAAACCCAAACCCAAACCCAAACCCAAACCCAAACCCAAACCCAAACCCAAACCCAAACCCAAACCCAAACCCAAACCCAAACCCAAACCCAAACCCAAACCCAAACCCAAACCCAAACCCAAACCCAAACCCAAACCCAAACCCAAACCCAAACCCAAACCCAAACCCAAACCCAAACCCAAACCCAAACCCAAACCCAAACCCAAACCCAAACCCAAACCCAAACCCAAACCCAAACCCAAACCCAAACCCAAACCCAAACCCAAACCCAAACCCAAACCCAAACCCAAACCCAAACCCAAACCCAAACCCAAACCCAAACCCAAACCCAAACCCAAACCCAAAGAGGAUGAUGAUCAAGAGAAUGUAUUUCAAGAAGUCAUUUCUCAACAACAACAACAACAACAACCACUACACCCUUCUCUUGCUGCUCACCAACAGCCUCAACCAAACAAUCAUGCUUGGUUUAUGCCACCUCUGACUCAUGUAUUUCAUCACAAUCAUCACCAGGAAAGAACAACAAAACAACGACCGGCGAGUGUGAAACAAUUUUUCGAAAAGAAAUGUUUUAUUGAGUGGAAAGAUAUAACUUUUCCGAUGAAUUCUCCUCAUCCCAUUUUGAAAAAAGUUUCUGGAUUUGCAGUUCCUGGUAAAAUCACUGCUAUUUGUGGACCGACAGCGAGUGGAAAGUCGACACUUCUUCGAAUUUUAUCCAACCGAGGUUUACACAAACAUUACAGUGGAGACAUUUUAAUCAAUGGACAAAUUUGCAUGAAGGUUUCCAAAAUUGUAAAUGGAUCGAGAUGUGUCUACCAAGUACAAAUCAUUGGUGUCUUUUGUCUCGAAAGAUUUUUCACCGUCCAACAUGCCACUCAUAUUGGACAAUAG